AAAGGCGAGGCACGGCAACGAGGAACAUCUGGACCACAACCGGGAACUAUAACUUCCCCAGAUUCGCCAAAUUCUUUCCCUCCCUUGCGUCUCCUCUUAGCACUUCUUCUCGUCACUACUUUCUCCCUCCCUCACCCACUUCCUCUGUGCUUUUCUUUAUUUACUCGAGAAAUUCUUUGCGCCGAUUCUCAUCAUGAAUUGCCCCUCGCGCACCGAGGAGCCAGAAGGCACUGGGUACAACCAAAAUCCCAGCUCGCUGGCCGCGGACCUCACCACGAGACAGGAUUUGAAUGGUAUUGCGAACAUGAGGGUCCUGAGGAGGAUAGCCACUGGGGACAUCGAAAGCGUGGUUGAGCACGUUCCUGAUGACGACGUGAAGAAGAAUGAAGCGGCGGCGAUGCCGAAAAAGGCUUUGACGAGUGACAGUCACGUGGGAGGUGACCUCUCGAGUUUCGAGGCCGUGGAUUUGAACGAGGACGGAAGAGGGGCUGGCGGGGAAGGGGGGAGCAAUCGAACGUCGACGGAAUUGUUCAAGCAGCUACGAAAAGUGGUGCUGAAGUUCGGGAAAUUCGUCGGACCUGGAUUUAUGAUCUCGGUGGCAUACAUUGAUCCAGGAAACUACUCUACAGACGUGGCAGCUGGUGCAAGUUUCCGCUUCAGGUUGCUCUUCAUUGUUUUGAUGUCGAACCUCUUCGCCAUCUUCCUGCAAAGUUUGUGCAUCAAACUUGGAAGUGUGAGUGGACUCAAUCUCGCCGAGGCCUGCAAGGAGUUCCUCCCGAAAUGGUUAAACAUUAUGCUUUACAUCAUGGCUGAAGUAGCCAUUAUCGCUACCGACAUCGCCGAAGUCAUCGGGACGGCCAUUGCAAUCAACCUGUUGAUCCCCAAGAUCCCGUUGAUAGCUGGUUGUGCUAUAUCGAUUGUUGACGUACUCCUAAUUUUGCUUUUCUACCACCCAAAUGGAUCCAUGAAAGGACUUCGAGCAUUCGAGAUGUUCGUUGUGGCUCUUGUGCUGGGAGUUGUGAUUUGCUUUUGCAUCCAACUAAGUCUGAUCAAAGAUACAUCCGUGGGCGAGGUAUUCCGAGGCUACCUUCCGUCUUCUGCUAUUGUGCAAUCUGAAGGCCUAUAUCAAGCGUGCGGGAUUUUAGGGGCUACGGUCAUGCCUCACAGCCUCUAUCUUGGGUCCGGCAUUGUGCAGUCGCGUCUACAGGAGUAUGAUAUCAAUGCUGGUAAUGUAGCAGCUUCAGUCCGGUCAACCGAUUCCGAAAAGCUACCAUACUAUCCCUCCCUUGGGGCUAUCAACUUCUGCCUCAAAUAUUCGAUCGCAGAGCUGGCAAUUUCUCUCUUCACUUUUGCUCUAUUUGUCAACAGCGCAAUUCUCAUUGUCGCAGGUGCUUCUCUCUCAUCGGACAGUUCGGCAACCUCAGCAGAUCUCUUCGGCAUCUAUCAUCUGCUCUCCACGAGUAUAGCUCCCGUUGCAGGGACCGUUUUUGCCUUGGCGCUUCUCUUAUCUGGAGUCAGUGCUGGCAUCGUCUGCACCAUUGCUGGCCAAAUGGUGUCCGAAGGUGCUCUAAACUGGAGCUUGGCCCCCUGGUUGAGAAGAUUGGUUACGAGAAGCAUCAGCAUUACCCCUAGCAUCAUCAUCGCUGGAGCCGUCGGACGAGACGGACUUUCUGCUGCACUGAACGGCUCUCAGGUCGCGCUUAGUGUCGUUCUGCCGUUCGUAUCAGCGCCUUUGAUAUACUUCACAUGCAGAAAUAAGUACAUGACAGUCCGGACCUCCGAGUCUGGAGAUCAUGAUGGAGGGGACGAGGAAACAAUGGACGGUAAUGUAGACGGUGUCGUGGAUAGACCACAGCAAGGAGGCGUUAAAAUGAGGAACCAUUGGGUGGUGGCAGCACUGGCUGUGGUUAUUUGGCUCGUCAUCACGAUUAUGAACGUUGCCAACUUGGUGCUUUUGGGAAAAGGUGAAGGCGCUUGAAAUGGGAAUUCGGUCGGCGUGGUUGAGACGAUUUUAAAUGACGAGCAUAACGAGAUGAAGAUAUGUGAUAGCCUUAGGGCAACUAGAAUACAUGAAUAAAGAAACAUACGCCUAUGCAAUGGGA